GGAUUAGGUCUCAGUUUGCUUCUAAGAAGAAAAUUACCCUGUCCCAUAUUCUGAGGGGUCUGUACAGAUGGGAGCUUUUCAAAAACUGAAAUGUGUUGGCAAUUCAAGUUGCACUAUAUUCUUUCAUGUUUUGGGACUGAUUUAAACAACAUGACAUGUACUCAGAUCUUUGAUGCAACAUCUGUCAACAAGUAUAUAUGAGGACUAAGUUAGAUUGGAGAAAAAAGACGGAAAAGCAUGAUUCUUAGCAAAAACGAUUCAACCUACCAAAAAGGGGAAAAAAAUAAAAAUAAAAUCAAUAUUAGUUAAUUUUUCGUUGCACUUUAUGAUUGCUAUUCUCUGUAUCUGAAUGUGUGUAGCAUGAACAUCUCUAGAUAUCUCCAGUUUUGAACCAUCUUUUCUAAGAGCUUAAACUUUUAGAGAGGGGGCAUUUUCAGUUUUCCUUUCUCAUUUUAUUUUAUUUUUUAUUUUUUCAAUAUUUUUGUUAACAUGUCCCUCACGUGCAAGCCAAUUCACUUUUUGUCAAAGGGAUGACAUGUGCACAAUUUUCAUAAUUGGGUGGGAUUGAGACGUGAGCUCAUGACCUUGCUUGCUAUGAUACAAUGUUGAAAUAGGAUUAGAUUACACUGGGCUGCUUUCAAUUAGAUUGACUCAUGUUAGUUUCCAUCAUUUUCUACAGAUAUGCAGCCAUUUGGGUGCUUGACAUACUGUAAAGUCCAGUAAUUUUUCACAUAAACCCAUUAUACAAAAAUACUCACCUUUAGUGAAGUAAUUAAGAGGGGGAACCGAUUGAAAGAAAUAGCGAGUGUUAGGAAGACCUGGCAAGGAGUAAUCUUUUCACGAGAAGGAAUUGGUUUCAAUAUGUAUCUUGCUUGUUCCUUGUUGCCUUUGUUCUAUUUGGUUCUCUCGUUUAUACAGUUGUGCUUAGUUCUUAUUUUUGAUGCUGUGACUCAGGUUUCUUUUCCUUUGUCCUCUUGCUGAAUUGACGGGAAAUUUGAGAUCACAUUUUGUCUUCAACAAGUGCAAGCUGUUACAAUCCAUACCACCAAUUACUACUGCAUGACAGCUUCUCUUGAUAACACAUGGUGCUUCUAUGAAAUUGCUUCUGGUUUAUGUCUCGCUCAGGUUGAAGAGACUUCGGGAUCUUCUGAAGGCUAUACAUCUGCAUCUUUUCACACCCGAUGGUCUCAUCCUUGGAACCAGUACCUUUGGGCAAAUGCUGCUAGAAUUGAGGGGCAUGUUGGGGCAGUAACUGCAAUUUCAUUUUCAGAGAAUGGUUACUUCCUAGCUACUGCAGCUCAAGAUGGUGUUAAGCUUUAGGAUCUACGCAAAUUGAAGAACUUUAGGACUUUUACUCGUUAUGAUGAAAAUACACCAACACAAUCUGGUGGUUUUACCUUUUUCAUGUCUAGCAUAUACUUAUGUUUAGCUCUGUCUAGACUGUGGUUGUGAGUGCAAAACUUCUAGAAUGUGGUCUCCUGCUCAUGAUUGUCAGCAGUAUUUGUAAGCCAUUGCUCGGGACAUACCCAACAGCCAUCUAAUACUUUACGUAACAGAGUUUAUCAAGUUGCCAAUGUUUAGUCUGAAUGGAACUACUUGUCAGGCACAGGUAAAGCAACAUGUGUAAAGUUUGGUCUAGAUGCAAACUAUAUAGCUGUGUGAUCUAUGGAUAGAAACUUCAGAAUAUUUGGGCUACCCCUGGUCGGGGAAGAUGGUUCAUCAGAGUCGUAAAGCAAUUUUAAUUGUACUUCUGGCAGCACUGAGUCUUGUAGCUAUCCCUGCAGUUGCUGCAAUUUCUGUGGGGCUGAAGUAGUUAAAGUUGAAAGGAGAACUCACUUUGAGAUCAAUUCAUGUACAGUAGAGAAGCACUGCCAACUUGGGCUGGCAUUCUUAUGCUAAUUUUCCUUUUUGUUUGCAAAUUUGAAUGCUGGGUUUCGAUUUGUAUGAUUUAAACAUAUUUUUCCUUUCUGAGACGUACUGGAAUUGUUAUUCGUUCUAUGUAAAAAAUUGUAAUGUACCAUCGACAUUGAACAACUCAUGGAUAAUCAGAAAGAAUUAUGCAAACGACUUGGGAG